AUGGGUCUUAAGUGCAAAAUUAAGGCUCCUGGCACCGUAGCUCACCUUGCGUCUGCUAAGAGUCGGGCCUGGCAUAAAAUUCGGGGGAACUUUACUCAAAGUGAGCUCAAUCGAACUGAAAAGAAGUCCAGGAAAAAGGUGAAAAAAACGGGAAAAACUAUUGUUUUGACUGUUAUACCAAUUACACCAAAGAGAAAUGAUAAAUGUGUAGAAGAGAUGGAGCAAACGAAAAAUGACGAAUCGAUUGCAGCAGACCUUAAUGACUUGGCUAUAAAUGCUGGAAUUGAAGAUCACCAUGCCGCAGGUGUGUCUCCCGUGCCUCGGGUCAGGCCAAUGGUUGAGAUUGAAGAUCACCAUGGCCUGUGAGUGUGAUGCUUCAAUGAUGAUGAUGAAGAUUGCGGUUUACUUCUUUCUAUGAAAUUUACAAAAGUGAAACUCUGAAUUUGUAGUUAACUUGCAUUGUUGUUUAGUUUGUGGCUUUGUGCUGCACUUCUUUAUCUGUUGAAGUCAAACUUUGAAUUUGUAGUUAAUUCACGUUGUUAUCCUAUGUUGCUUUAUUAGUUCUUUAAUAAGCCGUUUGUUGAUUUAGUCUUUACAGUUUUCUUGAGAUUAGCUUGGUGUUUCCAUGCAUGGUUUCUGCUUUGGUAUCAACUAAUGAGAGCAUAUUGUCAUUCUUGUUGGCAUCCAACUUGAUAGCAAUUAGCUAGGG